AGCUAUUCAUAUCGUCUCGCGGGCGCUAAACGGAAAAAAGCAACCAGAAAAAACGAAAAACGGAAAAUAUUGCGCGAAAGUUUUUUUUGUUCCCAACGAAUCUCAAUACGCCGUCAACAUGAGCUGCGGGAUCUCUAUGGUUAAAUAUAUACUAUUUAUAUUCAAUUUGCUUUGCUCGAUCUGCGGCAUAUUGCUUAUUGUAUUUGGAGCUUUGCUCUUCAGCAAUGUGCAUAACAUAGAUGACUUUACCGAGGCGCUGCGCACGCAGCAGGUGCCAAUAACUAUGAUUGUCUUGGGUACAGUUAUAUUGCUAAUCUCGUGGUUUGGCUGCUGUGGCGCAAUACGUGAAUCCUACUGCAUGUCCAUGACGUACUCCGUUAUGCUUUUUGUACUGAUGAUUGGACAAUUGGCGCUGGUCAUUUAUAUGUGGCUGCAAAAGGACAAAUAUCUGGUGAUCAUGGGCGAUGUGGUGGAGCGUGCUUGGGACAGACGUACACGUCGUGCCGAUUACAUGGAUGCCAUACAGAUUAGCAUGGAGUGCUGUGGACGCAGUGGCUUUGCGGAUUAUGCGUUCCAAGGCUACUUCCCCCCCUCUUGCUGCAAGGAUACCAACAAUUGUCGCCAGGAGACUGUCUAUCGUCGCGGCUGCAAACAGGCUUUUGUUGAGUUCUGGGACAGGAACAGUGACAUAAUAAAAUACACUGGUUUAGUUAUUGCUGCGAUAGAGUUUGUUGGCUUCAUCUUUGCAUGCUGCCUGGCAAAUAGCAUCCGAAACUAUCGUCGACGAGCAGAUUAUUAGAGCGUUCUUAUUUUACUUUUAAUUGAAACCGAAAGUACGAAUUAUGUUGCCCAAUUUUAUAUAUACAUAUGUAUGUAGAGUAUAACUGACUCUACUGUUGGCCAUUUCAAUGUUUUUCUAACGAUUUUGUUUUUGCACCGUGCUAUUUAAAAAGAAGAAACUGUACAAAUUUUAUUUUUAUUUU